CAUCCCACCUCCAACUUUCUUCCUCUUCCCUCUUCUCCAGAUCUACUCCACCGCCGCCUCCCAUGGCGCCUCCAGCCAGAAACCUUAAUCCUAAUCCGAACACUAACAACCUCGAUCCUCCCUUCGACAUGGGUAUUCUCUUCGGGUCGGUUCCUAACCCUACGCCUACUACUGCGCCCAUGUUCCCCGCCGCCGCCGGCCCGCCGCCGCCGUUUGGCCCUUACCCCCACCCCUCGGCCACCUCUCCCUUUCACAGCGUCCCCUACCUCCACCACACGCUGGAUCUUCACCCCCCUAUGCCCCGCCCAACCAUCUCCUUCCCCAUGCCCCGCCCAACCAUCUCCUUCCCGUUUCCAAACAUAAAUGCAAACCCUAGCGUCGCCUUGCGCGGCGGCUACCUUCACUACCCGCAGGAUCUCCGAUACCUCAUACCCUCCUCAGUCAACUCCUACAGGCGAAACCUGAACCUGAGUGUUAACCUCAGAGCUGCCUUGGGCCGCCUGCAGGAUCGCCAAUCUCCCAUGGCCAGCUCAGGCAACUCCAUCCACACACUGAACCCAAACACAAACCUGUACCUGAGGGCCAACCCCAACGCCGCCCCGCACGGCCACUACCUUCAGAACAUGCAGGAUAUUCGACAUCCCAUGCCCCGCCCAGUAAUAUCCUCUGCCAUGCCAAACCGGAGCGACAACCUCUGCACUGCCUCAGGUGCCAAAACCGAACAUAAUAAAGGAGCACCGAGCAGAAGGCAGAACAAUUCUAAUGAAGUCGUUCACGUUUCUGAUUCUGAUUCUGAUUCUGAUGAUUUUUUCGAAGAAGAGGCUCCCCCCACACACUCCAAGUCAAAUGGGAAAGCUUCAUCUAAUAACCUAAAAACUGGUGGAAAGGCUUCAUCCUUUUCUAAUGGAGAAGGUAGCAAAGGAGGGAAGGCAUUUAGUGCUGGGAAAGGUGGGAAGGGCUCCACAUCAAAUGCAAAGCCUGCAAUAUCUGAUGCAGAACUAAAGCUUCAGCUUGAUAUGUCUCCAAAUUCGAGAUUGUUAACGAACUGUGAAGCAGCAGAAAUGUUGCAGAAAAUUCACGAACAUAUGGCUAUCUUAUCAGAGGAUCCGAAGAUAAAAAUUCCCGAGUCGUUUGACAAGGCCUUUCAAUAUGCAAAAGAAGAAAAUCACUUCACCUCUGCGAAGUUGGUGAAAGAAAUCCUGGAACCCCUUAAAGACUAUGGUGUUAAUGAUGGCGAGAUAUGCAUGAUAGCGAACAUUGGGCCUGAGACCAUUGAAGAGGUUUAUGCACUCAUACCGUCUCUCAAGGCCACUAGGUCGAUCAAUGAAGGCAAGAUUGCGGAGGCCCUUACUGCCCUCGCUAACAUAAAAGCCUCCAAGUGAACUACCUCAGCUACACAGCUGCUCAGGCAAAGAAGAAUCCGCAAUGGGGGUCUCUGUGGUGUAUGGAUGUUAACCGAAAUCGACUUCUUUCUUUUAAGGGUGGAAAUCAAGUUGUGUGUAUGUGGAAACCGUAGUAUGCAUCCGUGUGCCAGCUCUAGGUUUGAUGGUUGAACUUCGAAUUUUGGAAAUUAGCUGCAGGUUUAGCUAAGUGGUUGAAGUGAUGUACUGUGAAAUUGCAAGUGGUACCCUAUGGUCUGGCUUGCCUGAACGAUGAAAACUUAUUGUUGUGGCCUGUGUGUUUAUGCAUCUUAGAUCUGCUUGUCCGUUCA